AUGGAUGCCUAUUUAAGACCGUCCACUUCAUCAAGUGAUGCUAAACCCAAACCAGCUAAACUGAGAAGAUAUGUCGACAAUUAUCUCGAGCUUGGUUUUAUUCAGAGCAGCGACGGAAGACCAAAAUGUGUCGUAUGUCUUCAGGUGCUAGCUAAUGAAGCCAUGAAGCCGGCCAAGCUAAAGCGGCAUCUGAUGACGAAGCACCCGGGGCUUAAGGACAAAACAAUGGAUUUUUUCCGCCUAAAGAGUGAGGAAUACAUGCUUCAGAAAACACGACUGGUGAACCUGGCCACAACUUCAGAAAAAGCACAGAGGGCUUCAUAUUUGGUGGCUCAACGGAUCGCAAAAAGUAAGAAGCCACACUCAAUUGGACAAGAACUUCUUCUUCCAGCGGCAGUUGAAAUGUGUGAAGCUGUGCUUGGGACAGAGGCAGCUAACAAACUCAAAACUGUACCGCUUUCAAAUGACACCGUGAGAAGGAGAAUUGAAGAACUAUCGGCUGACAUUCAGUCACAGCUACUGGAUAGACUGCGUUCAUGUGAGCAAUUUUCUAUUCAGCUGGACGAAUCAACAGACAUUUCCAGUGCAGCUCAAUUGAUUGUUUUGGUGCGCUAUCCCUGGGAAGGAGACAUUUUGGAGGACUUUCUGUUCUGCAAGGAGGUGCCAGGCAAGACAACAGGUGAGGAAAUAUUCAGACUGCUGGAUGCUUUCAUGACUGAAGCGAGACUGAGUUGGGAAAAAUGUGUGGCCGUUUGUACGGAUGGCGCAGCGGCGAUGACCAGCCGAAAGAGUGGAGUAACGGCGCGGAUAAAGUCUGUCAAUCCGAGGAUUAUGGCGACUCACUGUAUGCUACAACGGCAAGCACUCGCUUCCAAAGACAUGGAACCAGAUCUUCACUCUGUUUUGAACACAGCUGUGACUGCAGUUAAUUUUGUGAAGUCAAGGGCACUGCAAUCACGUUUGUUUGGACAACUUUGCCGGGAUAUGGAUGCUGGACAUGACGCACUGCUAUAUCACUGUGAGGUGCGAUGGCUUUCUCGUGGUAAAGUUUUGCAGCGGGUGUUUGAGUUACGCAGAGAAAUGGCAGAGUUUAUGACAGAGGAAAAACCCAACAUCGCACAGUUUUUUACAGACCCGGAGAGUAUGGCCAAGUUGGCAUAUCUUGCCGACAUAUUCAACAUACUGAAUAGCCUCAACCUCUCCAUCCAAGGAGGCCACACAUCCAUCCUUGAAGUCAGCAACAAAAUCACUGCCUUCAUGAAGAAAACAGUCCUAUGGAGAAGGAGGAUACAAGACGGGAUAACAGACAUGUUCCCCCAACUGAGUGAGUUUCUCCACACAAACAACUUGUCUGUGGCCACAGUGAGGAAGGUUGCGACCUCACACCUCACAUCACUGAGCGAGCACUUCAGCUCAUACUUCUCCGAUGUGAACACUGAUGCCUGGGACUGGGUGCACGAUCCCUUUGCACCAGCUGCAACAGCAAAUGGCCUGACAGGUAAGGCAGAAGAGCAGCUGUUGGAAUUAUCCUGUGAUAGGACAUUGAAGGCACGAUUCCAGCAGGUUAAUCUGGCAAACUUCUGGCCCUCCCUCUCACAUGAGUAUCCCGAACUCACUGCUGAGGCCAUGCAAAUAUUGCUCCCUUUUCCUACAACGUACCUCUGUGAAUCAUCAUUUUCCACUUUGACUGCAAUGAAGAAUAAGUACAGGGCUCGUUUACAAGAGGAGGAUGAUCUUCGAGUCUGUUUGUCAACCAUCACUCCAAGAAUAGGUAAACUAUGUUGUGAGAGACAGGCUCAUCCUUCUCACUAA